AUGCCGGACACCUUCAGUGGCUGUGCACAAGUGAAAGCUGUACAUGCUUCUGCUUUACUGGGCACCGCUAUCGUUGCCGUUGUUGAUCAAUACAACCGAUCACAAUUACUACGUGCUGUAUUGGAUUGUGGCUCCAUGAGAUCGAUUAUCACUACCCGAGCUGCCCAGCAACAUGGUAUCACCAUCAUGCCCGCACGCAUUCAGAUUGAUGGUAUCUCUGAACAAGCGACCGCUGUAAAAGGUACCACUCAUUUGACACUGCUAUCUCGACCGCAGUUUAACACCUUUCUCCAAACUGAAGCCCUUGUCUUAGAGCAAAUAGCUGGAGACCUACCCGCUUUUCCAAUCAGCAGUGAGCUCAAAACCUCACUUCCACAUUUGGAUCUCGCUGACCCUGGUUUUGACCAACCCAAUAGGAUAGACCUCUUGAUCGGAGCUGACAUUUAUCCUAAUGUAUUUGUUUCUUCCGCCAAUGCUAUUAUACCAGGAAAUCCCGCUGCCUUCGCCACUAUAUUUGGCUAUGUUCUGAGUGGAAAGCUAAAUAUUGAGGACUCGCCUGCUCCGCUUCAUCAGAUGCAACUUAUCUGCACCAUGUUUGCCCGCGAAGAACCACUUGCUGAGGUCAUGAACAAGUUUUGGGAGACUGAAGAUGUCCAAAUAAAUGCGAAACUCUUAUCACCUGAAGAUGAACUCUGUGAACAGCUCUAUGAGUCCACUACCUACCGCAAUGAUGAAGGCAGAUAUGUAGUCGCACUCCCCUUCAAGCCUAGCGCGCCUGUUCUUGUUUCAAACCGCAAGCAAGCUUAUCGAAGUCACCUUGGAUUAUUAAAACGCUUGGAAAAUUCUUCAGAACUAAAGAAGAAAUACGACAACUUCAUGACAGAAUAUCAUGAGCUUGGCCAUUUGGAACUUGCCAAAUCCGCUUCUGACUAUGUGAUUCCACACCAUGCAGUUUUUAAAAAUAAGGACCCCACUCAGAAAAUCAGGGUGGUGUUUAAUGCUUCCAGCAAGGAUACCAAUGGGCAUUCACUAAAUGAGAAUUUGUUACCAGGGCCAAAACUGCAGUCCAAUAUUAUUCAAGUAUUGACCAAAUUCCGCACUUACAAGUACAUUGUCCUUUCUGAUUGCAAGCAGAUGUAUCGCCAGAUUUUGUUAAGGCCUGAAGACUGCCGUCACCAACAUGUUUUUUGGAAACCUAAUUAUCAUGAACCUGCAGAAGAAUUUGAACUUAAAACCGUAACCUAUGGGCUUACUUCCAGUGCUUAUUUAGCGCAACGCACAUUGCAACAACUUGUCAAGGAUGAAGGAGAAGCAUUCCCUCUGGCAAGUAAAGUUUUAACAAGUCAAACUUAUGUUGAUGACCUCCCAGCAGGAAGUAACAAUUUUUCUGAAGCACAAACGCUUAUUUCUGAACUGAUUGAGUUAUUGUCGCUUGGCUCCUUUGAACUUCGGAAAUGGAACUCUAAUACUCCUGAAUUGAUCGCUAACUUGCCUGCAGAAUUUUUGGAAAAUCAAGAUUGUAUGUUUGAUGACAACGCUACUGCAAAAGUUCUUGGAAUUGUCUACAGCCCGCUCGCGGACAACUUUCGCUAUUUCAUUUCUCCUUUUAAUGGGCAAAUCACUAAAAGAACCGUUCUAUCAUUCAUCGCUCGAGUCUACGACCCCCUUGGGUGGCUCACUCCUCUCAUAAUGCUGUUCAAGCUAUUCAUGCGCACGCUGUGGUCUCAGCAAUUAGCUUGGGACACUGAGGUUCCAGCCUCACUUCGAGCUCAUUGGGAGCUGAUUACCGCUGAAAUUUCCCGUUUGGACAAUGUUGUAAUCCCGCGUUUACUCGCCUGUAACCGCUCUACUACCCGGCUGCUUGGAUUCGCCGAAGCCUCCGAAAAGGGGUUUGCUGCUUGUAUAUAUAUUCAUGAAGAGACUGAAAAUAGAUAUGUUAACUGCCGUCUCAUAGCCGCCAAAAGUCAUGUCGCCCCGCUGAAAACAAUGACAAUUCCACGCCUGGAAUUGAUGGGUUGUUUGCUGCUUGCUCGUUUACUAUCCGCCAUCUUACCUACGCUGUCCGAAUAUGAUUUACAAGAAAUUCGACUCUACACCGAUUCCAAGACUGCCUUGGAUUGGAUCAACACACCCACAUACAAAUUGCAGAUUUUUGUUGCCAACAGAGUACAGCAAAUUACUCAGUUAACAAAACUUGAGUCAUGGCAUCACGUUACUUCUGCUAACAACUGUGCAGAUAUUGCUUCGAGAGGCUUGACUCCCGCUAAAAUCGUCUCCUGUCAUGAUUGGUGGCACACUACCAAUGCGUUUCGUUGUCUUGCCACUGACUUUCCCGUGUCCAAUCAUCUUGUUUCCAACAUUGUACCUGAGAUGAAAACUAACCCGCUGUACAUUCUCGCUACUGUUGAAGAACCAAUUGAGAAUCGUUUGUAUACCGCUAUAGAACGUGUAUCCAAAUUUGGGAAGCUAUGUCAUAUUUUUGUCUACAUACUAAGAUUUGUCAACCGCAUCAAACCAGCCCGUUAUGAAUAUCGCUGCAAAAUAGUCAAACAGAUUGAAACCUGUGAAACGCCUGCCUCAAUUGACACCACUGCCUGUGAAGCUGAAAUAGCUAGAAAACUCAUUGUUCAUGUUGUGCAACGGGAUAAAUUUCAGAAGGAAAUAACAGAGUUGAAAGCUGGAAAAUGUCCUAAGCAUCUACUAACGUUGCAACCGUACAUUGAUGAUUACGAUUUGAUACGCUUAUCUGGUCGUCUUGAGCACGCUCCGAUUUCUAGUGAAGCUAGAAAUCCAUUAUUGCUGCCGAAAAAUGAGCAUGUAUCCUCACUCAUCAUUCGACACAUACAUCUUGUCAUGCCGGUCCCCGCACAACACAAGCAGCUGUUUGCCAACAGUAUUGGAUAA